AUGGUUUCAUACUCUGUGACUGUUAAGGUCAGCGAAGUAAAAAAACUUCCUCAACAUCGCCUCGAACUUCACCCAACAUCAACUCGGCAUUUAAUAUUAACUAAACAUUUACAAUAUCAUGUCGCGCAACAAAAAAAAACAUUGACAGUCGACGAUUGUUAUCAUGCAGACAGUUUUUUGGUAGGACUUCGAGGUCUUGCACUUGAAAGCUUUUUUAAGUUCACAAAAAAUUUUCGCAAUCGUAACAUAAAAUCCCAACACGAUGGGAAUUUGGCAACACUCGGUCAUCUGAGAUUUUUUGGACAUAAAACAUUCUGCUGA